CCAGAAAUUCCCGGCAAUGCCACAAUUCGUCGCCCUUAAACGCGCUUAAUAAAGCUCGACCUGAAACAGUGGAGAGGACACAGUGUCCGCCGCCAAGCGCAUCCCGCCACCAAUUGCCCCAACCCACCAACGGCCACAACUCGAGCUCGAAAGCUCCAAGCUCCAUCCCACCGCCUUUGCUUCUCCCACCACUCCUAAACAACCAACAACACACACCAAUUCACCUGGCGGAAGCUCCAGGCGCCCCAUCAAAAUGCUCCUCAACCUCGUUCUCCCAGCUCUCGCCCUCCUCCCAGGCUUAGCAACCGCCUCCUCCGUCAUUGACCUCAUCCCCUCCAACUUCGACUCGGUAGUCCUCAAAUCCGGCAAGCCUGCGCUCGUAGAAUUCUUUGCUCCCUGGUGUGGCCACUGCAAGAACCUGGCGCCUGUGUACGAAGAACUUGCCACUACCUUCGCACAUGCCUCGGACAAAGUCACGGUCGGAAAGGUCGAUGCAGACGAGCACAAAGACCUCGGCCGGAAGUUCGGAGUCCAGGGAUUCCCAACAUUGAAAUGGUUUGAUGGGAAAAGCGACAAGCCUGCGGAAUAUGAUGGUGGAAGGGAUCUGGAGAGUCUGCAGAAAUGGAUUACGGAGAAAACGGGGGUCAGGCCAAAGAUUAAGGCGAAGUUGCCCAGUCAGGUUGUCAUGUUGGAUAAUCAGAGUUUUAAGGAGAAAGUCGGGAAGGAGCAACAUGUCCUUGUUGCGUUUACAGCGCCAUGGUGUGGACACUGCAAAUCCCUCGCCCCUAUCUGGGAAACCCUCGCACAAGACUUCUCGACCGAACCCACCGUGCUAAUCGCCAAAGUCGACGCCGAAGCCGAGAACUCCAAAGCCCUCGCUUCAGACCAAGGCGUAACCUCGUACCCAACCAUAAAAUACUUCAAAGCCAGAUCCUCCGAACCUCUACCCUACGAAGGUGCUCGCGCUGAAAAGGACUUCGUGCAAUUCCUGAACGCAAACGCUGGCACGCACCGCGUUGAGGGCGGCGGUCUGGAUACCACCGGCGGCACCAUCGAAGCACUCGAUGCCAUUGUCGCGAAGUUUCAGGGUGGGUAUGCUGAGGGUGUGGACGAGGUGAAGAAGGCGAGCAAGGACUUGAAGGACAAGUAUGCGAAAUAUUAUGUUAAAGUGUUUGAGAAGAUUAGUGCGAAUAAGGGGUAUGCGGAGAAGGAGCUUAAGCGGCUGCAGGGGCUGUUGAGUAAGGGGAAUUUGGCACAGGAGAAGAUGGAUGACUUGAUGAGCAGGAGUAAUAUUUUGAAGAGGUUCUUGGGUCAGGAGGAGAAGAGCGAGUUGUAGGCAGGGGAAGUAUGUGUGGGAGCGGAAGGGGAGGUUAUGCUUAGGUAGCGACUUUGAGACAGGAUCCGUGUGGUUUGUGGAUGGUUGAGAGGGCAUUGGUGGAUAAGGAUAUCAUGGAUUGGCACAUGUAGAUCAUGUAAUGAUAUGAGAAUGAUAAGGCGUUGGUCGGUUGCAUCAAUAUUUGUACAAACAGGCUUAAGCAACACAUCGUUGCCAUCCCAUAUCUCAGUAUUAGAAGACACCCAUCGAACGUCUUGGGUACAAGCCGGCCAACACGGACAAUACGAUUCCCAUGAUUCCAUGUGCACCGCCCAAUGCUCUUUAUAUGCUCGUCUUUCCCAAACACCCACCCUCAUAACGUACAACCAGAGUCCCAAGGCCACACCUCAACUCACGAAGCAGGGGUCCCACACUUUGUACACACAAGCCUCCUAUCCUCUCUUCCCGCAAUCCCUCUUACCGUCCGUAUCUUG